AUGGACGCGAGGAAGCUGGGGUCCAGUGUGGCGGUGCCGCUGUUUUACCGCCCGGGGCUUUCAGUGCAGCGGAGGGGCCGCGCGGUGCUGCCUCUUUGCUUCGAGCUGCGGGACCUCAUCAGGACGUGGGCAGCAGCCAGCAGCAGCAGCAGCAGCAGCAGCAGCAGCGAGGGCGGGAGUGGCAGCAGCAGCGGCGAGGACGGGCAAGUGAUGGUGCUGGACUUGCUGGAUUUGUUGCUACGAGCAGCACUGCAGCAGCAGGCGAGCCCCACGAGGACAGAUUCGGCACUAGCGCAGCAACGGCAGCAGCAGCAGCAGCAGCAACAGCAGCAGGAGAGCUUGGCCGAGCUUAUUGACUCCGGCCUGUGGGGCCUCGUGCCCAGCUCUGAGGCGCUGCAGCAAGUGCAGAUGAUGAGGGCCAGAGGAGUCAGAAAGGCCCAGCUGCACUUGAGUCCAGACGACUAG